GCCCCAUGCCCAGGCUUAAAUAUGAGUCCUCUCCCUCCCUAGGACAGCAAGGAGAUGCCACCCAAAACCAAAGGAAAGGGGAAGAAAACUGGGGCACAGAAGAAGAAAGAGAAUGCGGGCGCUGGGCAGAUGUGGAGGCCAAGUCCGCAUACCGGCGGGUAGUGAUGGAGAAGAAGCUGCUCCAAGACCACCUGGCUCUGCGGAGGGAUGAGGCCCGCCGGGCUAAAGCUUCUGAGGAGCAGCUGAGGCAGAGGCUGCAGGUGUUGGAGGCUGAGUUGGAGGAGGCCCGAAGUGAGAGCAAGGCCAUCUAUGCAGAAAUGAGUCGUCAGUGCCAGGCCCUGCAGAAGGAAAUGGAGACCCGCAGCAGGCAGCUGGAGGAAGAAGUGACGGGCCUUCGGGAACAGCUGGAGACGUGCCAGAAGGAGGCCAAGGCUGCAGGGCAAGAGGCUGAGCAGGCCCUGGGAGAGCGGGACCAGACUCUGGCUCAGCUUCGGGCCCACGUGGCAGACAUGGAGGCCAAGUAUGAGGAAAUCUUACAUGGCAGCCUGGACCGACUCUUGGCCAAGCUGAGGGUCGUCAAGCCUCAGUGGGACGGGGCUGUGCUGAGACUUCAUGCCAAGUACAAGGAGCAGCUCCGCCAGUUUGGACUCAACCCCCUGGAUCUUUGAAGCCGUAAGCCGCUAGUCUCCGGGGCUCUUAGAGGCUCCAGCAAUAAAGCUAUCUUGAUGUAGAACUCAA